GAGUUUAACAUAGUUAUUUUAACCUUUAGAACCUCUGCUAUUGUUCCUGUGUAAACAACGUUCGUUUUCGCUUGUUUGAUACCAAUUGAAUGCAUGGCAACACCUGGAAAAGAAUUGGUAGUACGAGGAAAGCUUGGAGAGUUCCUGCAAAGUCAUGGAUUGGAGGAUAGCAUAGGAGAUAUAGAUGAGAUAGUGUUGAGUUAUGUAAUCAGUAUCUUGGAGGAUCUUGGUGAUGACAGCAAUGCAGAGGAAAACAUUGAUGUCGACCAGUUUGCAGAGAUGAUGGAGGCAUAUAUCCCAGGAUUUGGAAACAUAGACAGUGUCAAAGUUUGUGAAUGGAUGUUUGAGCUGUCUUACACAAUCAGAGCUGACAAUCAAGAUAAAAAUCAAAAUUCAAAGGAAGAGGAGGAACUGUGCACUAAGGGAGAUAAACCCAGUGGCAUUCUCCCACCCACAAAUGAUAACACUCCCACUGAAACAAAUGGGAAUAUAUCACUGGAGGAGGAAGAACCAAAUGAAGACAUACAAUUGUUGCUGGAGAUGUUUCCUAAUGCCUGCACACUUGAGAUCACCCAUUGUUUGGGUCUGACUAAGGGUAAUCUAGAAUCUGCAGCCCAGCUAGUUCUGGAAAGAGCAGAGGCAGGAACCAGCAUUAAAAAGCCAAAGGAGAAAUCCAAUUUUUCCCCGAAAAAAGGACUGGUAUUAUUAGAUGACAAAGACCUGAAGAAGAAGAUGGUUGAAAGAUAUGGCUAUCAGGAUACAGAUGAAGACAAGAAAACAUUUAGACCCCCUCCACUUAAGCAGGAGCCCAAAAAGAUGCUGCGUUAUUUGGAUGGUCGUGUUGUGAGCACUAAAGGGGAGAGAUUCACAGAAAUCAAAAAAGAAGACAGCGAUGAAAUGAAAAAGACUUACGUAAAUCUUAAACCAGCCAGGAAAUACCGGUUUCAUUGAUGUACUUGGUUUUCUAUUGAAAUAAGCUAUCUUAUAUCAUGUAGCACAUAUACUUAGUUCUUGUUUACAAUCAGAUGAACUCUGAUUCAUUAUACAUUGUACUGGGUACAAGAAUUUUUAAAACGUAAACAAGUCAAUUUGUUUCAGCAAAUAAAUGUAUGUGUUCUGAUUAAUAUAAUAUUUGUAUUGUGUCCAUUUCUCCAUGAUUCCAUUUCAUUGAGCAAUUUACACACUGGUUGUGUUCGUAAACAUUCUUUUAUUAAACAUACAUGUACAUUAACAAAUGAAAGCAUGCAUCAUUGUGUUUCUAAUUUGUAUGUGGUAAGAUAAAAAUUUUCAGUUAAUGGAACAGACUGUAUAUCAUAUUCCAUUAGUAAGAACCACUUAAAAUUGUAUUCUUAUCAUGAAUAAUUAAUUCAUCCAUUCCCAACCAGUACAUGGUACAAGAACCAAUUUAUCUUUGAAUUCAUAUAUCAGUAUUUUUGAAUUGAUAUACAUGUGAUACAUGUCUUGUCCACUGGACACAUAAAUUGAUUUAUUUAAAUGUUUACAUGAUGGUUCUGUGCCAUACUUUAAAUAUAAACACAUGUAUGAUCUGAAUUAAACUCUGUAUACAUUGGUAACAAACAUUUUGAUUUUAUAAUUAUAACUGAGCCAUGAACAUUUACAAUACUUCACUUAUCAUUUAAUGUGACACCUUAAUUGUCCUUUUAAAAACCAAAGAAUAUAAUGUUUAUCAGAUUUUUAGUCAAUUGACACUUCUACCCUGUUAAUUGUCAGCCUACAUGUAUUUAUACUUGCAUGUAGAAAACAGUAAAAUCUCACUGGUUUGUCUCUAAAAAAAAAAUCAAAAUUGCUUUUAUUACGUGCAAAUUUAGCAUGUUUUAUACAUUGCCUAAUAGCAGUAUACAUUUAACAUAAUUAUGAUAUUUUGUUGUUGGCAUUUAUGUGUGUUGUAACCAUUUCGAAAUGCAUUUAUGGUAUCUUAAUAAUGUUCAUUACAUCAAUUCCAUUACAUAUACAUGUAUUUCUGAAUCUUUAAACCUUGCGGAACAAUUAGCAUUUGAACAAGCUUAAAGCAUUCUUUAUUAUUACAAAGGACUUGUUGACAAUUUGCAUUAUGUGUAUUUUAUACCAUUUUUAAUAUACAUUUUGUUAAUAUUUAAUUUCGUGUUACAUGUAUGUAUAGUAAAUGUUUGAAACAUUUGUCUGGUUUUGUGAUGUUUUUUUUUAAAGUUUACAAACUCUGUUUACUUUUAUAGGCUUAUGUAAGACUGGGUUUUAAUAGUAAUAUGUAACAUUUUAUAUCAAGUAUUUUGUAGUCUGUAUGUCAAACCACUCCCAAAAGCUAAUGCAUUCAAAGGUUCAAAGGAGAAAUAUACACUUCUUAUGUACUUCCACCUCGAAUAAAACAUAACAUUAACACCACAUUUUUCUAUAAUAUUUAUUAUUUUGUGCAUUGACGUCCGAUACAAGUAGUCGCUCAUCAAAAAAAAUCAUUCAAUUUCAAAAUACCAUAACACACAUUUUCAUCAAUUCAAACCAAACCAUUCGCAAAACUUCGUGUACCUGACAAGCACCUUGUCAGUAACACUAGAAAUUGUUCAUCAUAUAUGCAUCUUUGCAACGUCUAACAUGUUCAAAAUCUUUAGAUUGAAUAUUUAAUUUUUAAAUAAAAAUCGACUUUCUCGUGCAGUCCAGAAUCGUCAGAAUGAAUACUACUUGAAUAUACUCUACCCAUAAUCACCUUUUAACCCCGCCUACCUCUUGAAUAUUCAUUAUUACCAUAAAAGAAAAUAUUUUCAAUCUAAAUCACUACGUUCAAACGAAAGAAAAUAUAUAUACCCCCGCCCC